CUUUAAAUAACGCAAUCGCUGCUGUCUGUCCCAUAGAAGAACUGGCGGCGACAUCAAAGAGCGUCACAACUCUUUCUCUCUAUGACUCUGGGAGCCACAUUUUGUAAACUUUUAUCACAGCUCGGUCGCCUCACACAUUCUGACUCUCCAGCUUCUCUGCUGCCAGAAUCUUCUCUCUCUGCCCCCACGGACACGGCUAACGCUGGCAGUGACCGGGGUACUCACUGAUCUGCAACAAAGAUGAACUAACGGUAGCCUCAGCUUUCUGGUGGUUCAUUUCAAAUGGCUGACAUCCAGGAAAACGAAGGCUUUCGGGGCUGCGUGGGCGAAGAUCACAUCUGCCAUGAGGGGAGGAAGGAGCACUGAGAACGAGCUGCAGGGGAACAGUGUGAAGAGCCGGAUCAGAGGGGUCUGUUGAGUAAGCAGCCAGUGACAGGACGGAGGCCCCGGGCUAACUGUCAGAUGGCAUGAAGGUGCGGAAGGAGGAGCGGUCUCAGCGCAAUUAGACACGAAGCUGACGGAUGAGUUUUGAAUUUCAGUAAUAGUCAGAUUCCUGUGUUUGGGUUGAAGGUUAAUCAGGUUAACAGAGCCUUUUCUUUCAAAAAUGAAGCAACAUCACAUGGUUUUGGUGUACAAAGAACAUCCUUGUCACUUGCGUAUUUGAAAGUGUUAGCACUGUCCAAGCAGUCUUCUUAAAUGCGGUUUAUUUUUUUUCCGUCCUGUGGUUACAGCUGUGAUAACACCAGCACUUCAUGUUUGUGUUUUUACAGCUGGAGGCCGUCAUCUAUACUACAUAUCCAUAGUUUGUUACAUGGGCAUGGUAUGUAGGAAAACAUUGCACUCGUCUGGGCCGCUACACCCCGACACAACCACCAUCAUACUGCCGGAUUUAAAGACAAAUUGAAGACAAAGAAUUCAGAAUAUGACAGGGAGAAUCGCUUUAAACUUCUCAAGUGUCCAUUUGUGUGUUUCCGCUGGACUAGAUCUGAAGCAUCCCUCUGCGUACGGACGGAAAGGACUUUUUAAGCGCUCCUUUCAAAAGCUGCUUUCCUAUGAACAAUCUCACAUCGCUUUUUGGCAGCAGGUCAAUAGCUAUAAUAGAUCUGCAGUUUUGUCUCUGAAAUCCUCCCUCUGACACAAAACUUUUGAGCCAUGUUCUUCCUCAAAUUAUGCAUAAUGCGUUGUUUUGCAGUGUCCUUUUCAAAACGAACAGUGAACGACGAUUUAUCAUUGAUCUUUUCCAUAUUCCUGAACCUAAGUAGGUCUUUUUGUUGCCUAAACCCAAACAAAGUGCAACUGAAAACAGAAAAUAUCAUUUUAAAUACCUGAAAACAGUACAUACAUUCAUUGGCUUCUUCCUGCGCUCUUGGUCACACCUCACCUGACUGGAUUAAGUUCACCUGAGCCAACACUGUACACACCCACUCACCCUCUUUAGCUUCUCGUCUGGCAGCAGGGUAAGAGGAGCCUCCUACUCUUGGUUCUUUUCAAACAAUAGUUCUAGUUUAACUAGGAACUUUAUUUAAUCUUACUCAACAGACCUGAGAUUUAUUUGAUUCAUCACAUUAAUCUCUAAUCUCUUAUCUGUUUUCUUUCAGAUGCAGCAGUCCAUAUGUGCUUCAAUUCCCUCUGUUCCAAUUUAUGUUUUAUUAUUAUUAAUUCAUUCUUUGUUUUUGGGAGAAGUAAUCCUAUGAAUGAAGAUUAAAAUAUUGGUUGUAAGGGAACAAAAAUAAAAGCAGUUCUCAGAUUCAGGUCAUUGUACACCUAUGAAAACAUAAUUAUAGUAUCAUGUUUCAUUUUCUGCUUCUAACUCGGUAAAGGUCGGGGUGUGACCACGAUUAUGAGUCAGUAAGGAACUUUUUUUUUUAAUCAUCUGAGGAUUUUGUGACUCUUAAACAGCUUCACACGAUUUCAUUUUUUUGAUUUAGACCAAUGCGAGCCACAUCUCUGCCAUCCAGUUAGAUGCUUUGUCACUAAAACAUUAUGUGCUGUAGUGGACAGUAGUUUUCUAACUUUGUAAUGCACAGGAUGUUUUUUGUUUUUUUUCUAAAAAGCUAAAAUUUGGUGGUAAAAACUGUCAAGAAAAACGUAUAGCCCCGACAUUCCUGGAGAUCAAUAACCCUGUGGUGGGCAGUAAAAUUGGAAGCAGAGACAGACAUCCAGACAGAGCCAAUGAGAGCCAUUACAAUUUAAUACCAGCAUGGUGGGGAUGCACCAGGCGCUCGGGAAAUUACUCUGUUCUCCUGCAUACAGUUCAUCACUGUUUCCCUGGCUUUUGCAUUUAGUCGGGGAAUAGAGGCAACUUAUUACGGUCAAUCACACUGCAAGCUGUCAGUGGUGUAAAAGGGUGGUUUUAUUAUAAAUGGCCGACAGUGGCUUAGGAUUUGAGCGAUCGGGGCCCUGACUCAUCCCACAUCCUCACUGACCAGACGGGCACAGAUUCACCACAUGCAUUUAGCCGAUGCGUCAAUAACAGGAGCUGCAGUUGAGAGAAUGAAGUGGCAGCAAGAGGCCAUUUUGUGACGGGAUCAAACAAGUUCACAUUACUUACUGCAUUAUAACUGAGUAUUCAGUAGUUGCUGGUUCAUUGUCGUGUGUGUUUGUUUGUUAGUCUACCAGGAGCAAGAUAGACCAGUUAAACCAGCUGAGGUCGGCUGCUGUUUUGUUGUUUUUUUGGAGAUCUAUCACUACUAAACCAUUUGCCAUUUACAUAACUGUUCUGUUAAAGCAUCUCUACUACACAAACAACUCACAGGUCGUGUUUUUAUGUAUUUAUUCAGCAUUUAAUUUGUUUGUAUUUUCUUCAGUAUCUUUCCUACCAACCCAUCUGUCUGGGCUUGAUCAAUACUAUUCCUGAUUAAAUGCGCACCCAAACCUUGAGCUCAUGCAGUCAGCAUUGUCACAACUUCAGCCAGACUUUAGUUUUUCAUCUGUCUGUUUCAUGUUUUCUCCUCACUAACUCUCAUGUCAUUUCCCCCCUGCUCUGCAUUACCUGUUGGUUUGAUCCACCUGAUCUGCUCCACCCCCUUACUCACCUGCUCCUCAUCAGCUAAUCAGCCCCCUCAGUAUUUAUACUGAGCCUGUUCCCUCAGUUCUUUGCCAGAUUGUCUAGUGUGUUUACCUAGCUCUCCAGCGUUCUGUAUUUUUGAAUCUGAUCCUGCCUGCUUGUGAUUCAACCUGCCUUUUGGACUUUGGACUCUCCCUCUUGCCUGCUCCCUUUGGAUUUGUUUGCCUUGCUGACUGACUACCUGGUUUGACCCUCACUUGAAAUUAAACAUAUUCUUUUGCAACUGAACUGUUUCCUUUGUGUCGUGCUAUUGGGUUCCUGCCUGCCAUUUUGUGAAGCCUGAUAAGCAUAGCUGAUGGAUGUACUUUAGUUAGAGACUAUUUUGCAAUUUAAACAGGAGAGCUUUAAUGUUAUUACUCAGCCUCAGCAGGCAGCCUGUCCCACGGCUACUCGCCAUCAUCAUUAAAGGUCCCAUAUUAUUAUUACUAUAUGUGGUAUUCCAUCUCCCAGUUUUCUUGCGUUUACACCAUAACACCGCUGUUGUUCAAACCGUCUUGCCUGUUUGUUGCACAAGCAAACGCUUACAUUGCUUGAGCUCCCCAGUUUACGUUAUUAAUUAACAUUACUGCCACAAGCUAGCUAAUGUUUUGAUUUGUGCUGACAAAUUAGCCAUUUUAAAAAAUGUUCCCCCACAAACUGGCAACUACCAAGAUUCAUGAUUGUUGGCUAAGCACAGAUACCAAGUGAUAUCAGCAGCAUUAUGCUACCUUGUUGGAAAAUGGAACAAAUAGACUAUGUUCACAUGCUGGCACCACAUCACUGGUGGUCCAAGACCCCUCAUAUUAUAUCCAUCCCAACACUCGCUUCACUCGCUUUUUGAUUGUUGAUCGAUCGGGAAGUAGUGAAGUUAUAACAGUUGGUAAGACUCACUAACUUUAUGCAACUUGGAUCCCGGAAACCAGCAGGAUAACAUUAUCUGAUCGACUAAGCUCAGAGGAAAAAUGGCCACCGUGUGAAUAAAGUUCUUACACAGAGAUAAACAAACAAUAAAUACAUUUUUUUCUUAGACGUGUCUACUCUAGCAAUAUUUAUACAGCACCAAAAAAUGUUCUUAAAAACUCUCACUUUCUAAAAUAUGGGACCUUUAAUGCACAGGACAGUACUGCCUAUGUUGCAAUUAAACAUCUUAAAAUCUGCCAGCAAGAGAGUGCUUUGGAUCAAUCCACUGAGACAACAGAAAACAAGGGGCAGCAAAUCAAAUAUCACCAUCUUUAAAAUGAAAAUGUAAUGCAAUCCUAUGCAACACUCAUGCAAUAAAUACUUUUGUUUUAUCUAUCUAUCUAUCUAUCUAUCUAUCUAUCUAUCUAUCUAUCUAUCUAUCUAUCUAUCUAUCUAUCUAUCUCAUCACAUUUUCAUAUUACUGGAUUAUGAAACUGUUACAUAAGAGCCUGAAAUAACGCAGGAGGAUUAAACAGGUCUACUUUCCAUGAUUGACUCGGUGUCACAUAAACAACCUGUGCGCUGUGAUGUGGGGGUCAAAGUGAGAUAUCCAGGCAGCCGACAGUGGCUUUUUUUCUCUCUCUCUCUCUCUUUUUCCUCCCUGACUCUCACUCUCUGGGCUGUGCGGAGAACCACGAUCUGAUUGGCUGAGGGAAGCGCACCAAGCUCCGAGUGAAGCGAGAAGGAUGCCAGAGUGCUCAGCUCAGGCAGUGCGCGUGGACGGAUGCGAGCAGGGGACACCCGUUGUUGUUGUUGUGAUGAUGAUGAUGAUGAUGAUGAUGAUGAUGAUGUGUUGAAACUUUUUCUCUUUUUCUCUCUCUUUUUUUUUUCUUCAACACACUGUUUUUAACUGAAGGGGCAGGAGUGUCUCGGCUCAUCUGGCUGCAAGUUAAGUGUGAUGUUUUGGCUGCAUGUUGUGAAAUCUCUCUCACCACCACCGCCUCCACCUCCUCCACUACUACUGGUACUACUAUUACCGACGCACCCUCUCGGGAGUGAUGGGCUCUAAGUUGACCAGACAGAGAAGUCUCGAUUUCGACAGCAAGUUGUCCAAGAGGAGACGCAAGAGGGAUGACAGCCCGGGGGAGGGCGAGAGAAGUGGCGGCGGAGACUUCUUGUUUACCUCCUUGAUGCUCAAGUCCGACAAGCUGCCAGGGAUGCUGCGGAAAACCAACCACAGCCCAUAUGUGAGGCGGGUGGCGUGGAUCCGGGAGAUCCAGAGGCUUCUCCGGGAGCAGAAGACGGAGCAGGCGGCCGAAGUGCUCAAACUGCUGCGGAAGGAUUUGGGACUCCAGGGAACGUCGCUCAAUGACAUUUUGUACAAGAACGCAGCUUUUCUCAACCUGGUGGACCCCAUCUCUCAUGAGCUGCUGCUCAGCCUGGCUCGGGACCUGCAGUGUCCAAAAAGGGAGACCGACACGUUCAAGUCCACCAACAAGAUCUGCCGCCAGCUGAUUUACCACCUGACCCCUCACUCAAAGUGGACGAGACAGAGCGUGCCCAGGAGGAAGUCUCAGGCCUGUCUGAAGACCACCCUGAAGAAGAAACUGUCCGGUGACGUCGUCAACCUGUCGGGCAUCCCGCUGUCGGGCCGAGACGUCCACCGCGUGGCCUUCUACCUCCAGAGCAGCAGCGACGCGGUGUCGGCCGUGGACCUGAGCUUCACCGAGCUGCAGGACGAGAGCUUGCGGCUGCUGCUGCCCUGCCUCGGCGGCCUGCCGAAACUGACCAUACUAGCCGUCAACGGCAACCGCCUGACACUGGCGAUCCUGAAGGACCUGACGGACGCAGUGAAGGAUCCCAAGAAGUUCCCCUGCCUGGCCUGGGUCGACAUGGGCAACAAUGUGGAUAUCUUCACAGUGCCUCAGCCGCUGCUCGUGGCCCUGCGCCGCCGCUUCGGCUUGCGCAGCAGCCUCCCCACUAUUUAUGAAUACAGGGAGGCGCAGGGACUCAGCGGCUACAACCCAAACAUGGAGACCUCUGUGGAGGAGCCCAGUCUAUACGAGGAGGGGGAUGUCGAGGAAGAUGAGAAAGAGGAGGAGGAGGACAGGCUGGAGCUUCGAGCCUGGGGCUUCAGAGAAGAAAACACGCCAAAAAAUGUGCCAGUGCACUUCUGUGGGAGGUGAUCGCCCCGGAGCGGCUUUCUCUGAGAACUGGCUGCCCCGUCUAUCCAUCAGUAUCACCCCAGCCUAAGUUUAGCCUCCUGUGUUAGCAGGUGUCAUUGUGGCAGAUGCUUACAGUGACCCACGUGUGUCUGAAAAUAACUUUGAAAUAAGUAGCUGUGUUGUGUGUCCCUCCGGAUGCUCUGACUACUGAAACAAUGCGAUGCAGGCAGCUGUGCAGUUGAACAGACUCGAAGACUUUAUUUAUGGAUUGAUUGAUGCAACCGUCUUUCUAUCCCAGAGAAGUUCAAGCGAACAUGUUUGCUGUUUUCCAGCGGUUUGUUUUUCCUGGAGUUUUGGUGCCCUCACACAUUGACACUUCCCGUUUCUUGCCAUUUUUUUCCCCCACCGGAGCAGCUGGGGUUUAAGUGCCUUGCACGGGGGCACCUUAAGGGUAGUGGCUGAGGAAAAAAGGGCAGCGUUACUAGUUCACAUUCCCAGGGCACGUUUACCCAGCUGCUUCGGCCUCUCCGACGACUUUGCCCCCACUGCCCCGUUUCUGUGCAAAGUCCGAAUAAGUCAAAGUAACUAAAUGUCCUACUUCGGAAAUAGAUGGGUUCAAUCUCGACAUUUCUUUUGCUAUAAUAAGUCAGUUAUUAGUAUCAGAACUCAAAGUCAGUGAGAUUAUUUUCGCAUUCAAUAUGCUUCCAGCUGUUUCCUUUGUGACACACAUUUAUUUAGGAAUUGUUUUUGAAAUAAAAUAUGAGUUAUCACAAGUUAAUCAGGCAGACUGAUGCUGCAGCUGUACGGAGAAAAGCCUCGGCCUGACACACACAUGCAAGACAUGCAGACGACACACACACAUGCGCAGCGUUGGAGCUGCUGAUGAACUGAUUACCGCCUCUAUCAGGCCUCGUUAGGCCCCUUCAGGCGCAGAUGGUGAGAAGGGGAUCUAUUUUUUUUCUCAGCAAAUUGGGACUAGCCCCAGAUAAUUUGGUCCACUGGUGGUUUACGAAUGUUUCUAUUUAUGAAUCAGACCAUAAGCAACGAGAAGAGGAUGCCCACUGUGUUUUCAAAGGCGUACACAGAAAUCCCAGUGUCACAGCUCAGCUUUUAUAUCCUGUGGUGCUGCAGCGUGCACAUAAAUCUUUGUUGUGGCAUGAAAGACCUGCAACACUUUCUUUUUUGCCUUUUUUAGACGUGUAGUUCUCAUCCUUUUGUACUGUUUUUUUUUUUUGUUUUGUUUUUUUAAAGAAAUGGGCAUGAUUGUUUACUGUAGCGCAACAUCAGAUCCCACAGAGAGCAUGUUUACAUGUACGUUAUUGUUCCACUUUAUUUCAGAUUGUUUUGGGGGGCAUUUGAUAAAAAAAAAAAAAAAAA